CGCAUCGGCAGCGGGGAGGGCGGCCAGGAAUGCUUUAAAGGAAGUUGGGCUACUCACAAGUUACUACAUAAGAAAGCAAAAGAUGAAAAGGCAAAACGAGAAGUAUGUUCCUGGACUGUAGAAGGUGAUGUUAACACUGACCCAUGGGCAGGUUAUCGGUACACCGGUAAACUCAGACCGCAUUAUCCACUGAUGCCAACAAGGCCAGUGCCCAGUUACAUUCAGAGACCGGACUACGCUGAUCAUCCCUUAGGAAUGUCUGAAUCUGAACAGGCUCUUAAAGGUACUUCUCAAAUUAAAUUACUCUCAACUGAAGAUAUAGAAGGGAUGCGACUUGUGUGUAGGCUUGCUCGAGAAGUCUUGGAUAUUGCUGCUGGGAUGAUUAAAGCAGGUGUAACUACUGAAGAAAUUGAUCAUGCUGUACACUUAGCAUGCAUUGCAAGAAACUGCUAUCCUUCUCCUUUGAAUUAUUAUAAUUUCCCAAAGUCUUGUUGUACCUCAGUGAAUGAAGUCAUCUGCCAUGGGAUUCCAGACAGACGGCCUUUGCAAGAAGGUGAUAUUGUUAAUGUGGACAUCACUCUUUACCGAAACGGUUAUCACGGGGAUCUCAAUGAGACCUUUUUUGUUGGAGAUGUGGAUGAAGGAGCACGGAAACUUGUUCAGACGACGUACGAGUGCCUGAUGCAAGCCAUCGAUGCAGUGAAGCCUGGUGUGCGAUACAGAGAGCUGGGAAACAUCAUUCAGAGACACGCCCAAGCAAAUGGAUUUUCAGUUGUUCGGAGCUAUUGUGGGCAUGGAAUCCACAAACUUUUCCAUACAGCCCCUAAUGUACCACAUUAUGCCAAAAAUAAGGCAGUUGGAGUGAUGAAGUCGGGCCACGUGUUUACAAUUGAGCCAAUGAUUUGUGAAGGUGGAUGGCAGGAUGAAACCUGGCCAGAUGGUUGGACUGCAGUGACGAGGGACGGAAAGCGAUCCGCUCAGUUUGAGCACACUCUGCUGGUCACGGACGCUGGCUGUGAAAUUCUCACCCGAAGACUUGAUAGCUCUCGACCUCAUUUCAUGUCCCAGUUUUAAUUUCUCUCAAGAUGCCUAAAAGUCUGAACACCAUCUUGUACUGUGCAUUUUACUGAAAGUACAGAAAUGAGGAGCUUUUAAAAAAAUCACUCAUUUUGUUUUGACUGUGGAUAAGAAAGGACUACGGCAUUUGGUGUGUGUCCUCAAAAGCUUUCUUUGGGGUCUGAAAAAGCUGAGAAGAAUAAAGGAAACAUUGCUUACUUCCUUCAGUCCCUGGCCUCACCCCCUCCGUUCUCUGUAUUGUGUUUUCUUCUUUGUUCCUUGAGCAUUUGACCCUAAGUCUGCUUCUCAUUGCUUUGUCACUGCCACAGACCAGCCGCCCAGGGCCAGCUUUUGUCCAGAAUGGUGAAGAUGAGAAAUCUUGAAACUCUAGCAACACGUUGUUCCAGAUUUUUUAUUAUAUAUUGAUAUAUAUGGAAAUAUAUAUGCAUACAUUUUAAAUUCCAUAUACGUAAUUACGAACACUCUAUGACCUUUGGUUGGGUUGAUUCUGCUUUGACAGGAUAUCUGCUAUCAUAAAUGGAUCCAUAAUUUGUUAGUGAUUGAUUCCUGUUGGGAAUUGGCCUCCUCUCACCCUCAUGCUAAUUAUUUACCCUUGUCUGUGUGCAGGGAAGACUCCUGCAGUGUGCACGGUCAGUGAAUGAAAGGUGCUCAGACUUCGUGAGGUCUGGUACGGUAGAAAUAGCUGUGCUGCAGGUGGUGGCUGGCAGCUGCAGUCAUUUCACAGUCCUCUGCAAGUGUGAGGUCAGAAACCCCUUUUCUUCAGAACCCUUCUGUUGUAAGGUAUACCUCUGAAGAACUUGGAAGAGUGGCAGUUGUCCUGUGGCAGAUGAUGGGAGAAAGAAUUCCAAAUGUCUCCAGGCCUGUGCAGAGUCACGGUGGCUGUGAGAGUUUACUUUAGUUUAGUAAACAGCAGUGAGAGCUAAGUGCUCAGUGGGGAUGCUGCUCUCCUGUAUUGCAAUUGUACCUCCCCUGUGUAGUUGAGAGCCUCAUCAGAACUGACCCUGGUCCCCAGAAUCUGUGCUCUUCGGUUGUCCAGAUACAGGUGUAUGCAGUGGAGACACACCAGAUCACAAAGUUGUCAUGAGAGUGAGUAUCCUUGAUUACUGGGUAUCUCAUGACUUUGUUGUAUAUGAUUUGAUACCAGUGACACAUACUUUUAAGACAUCAUCUUUUCCAGAGUGCCUCAGACCUUAUUGCUUUAAGAGAAUGAUAAUGCUUUCAUGACUUUAAUGAUUUAGUAAAGUGAUUGAAUCUGGUAUAGACUUCUGGGUGUGUGUGUGUGUGUGUGUGUGUGUGUGUUUAAAGUUUUUAUUAAACUGUAAUAUUUGUGAAUGGAAUGCCUUGUAAUAUGAAUGUUAAUAUAAUAUGUAAAGGGGAGAUUAAAAGUUUGAAUGAUUA